UUUUCAAAGUUAAACGUCAUUAACACUGCAUACGAAUUCUGCGUAUUCGAAAUUCAGAUAAAUUUUAAUAUAAACCAUCUAAAUUGUUAUAUGCGAAAAAAAGUUUUUUGCUUUUGACUGCUGAGUCAAUAGAAAUGAACGCAAUUUUCAAUUUAAAUGGUGAAUAUUUUAAAUGAUUUUCAAGUGAUACAAUCAGGAAGUGAACAUAAGAAAGAAAAUAAUGAACAAAUGACAUUGUUUGCAUUCUACUAGAAGUGAUUAGAAGUUUAGAACAAAAAAAAAACAAAGAUUCAUUAAUGUUCAGAGUUGAUUGUGUAGCUGUUCACUUAUAAAUUUCUUCGAAGUAAAAAGAAAAGAAAAGAAAGUCACAAUGGAUUCCUACAUAUCAAUUAAGCAAGCUGAAAUUUCAAUUAAAAAAUUCAAUGACGUUGGCCUUCCGCAUCAUUUGGGCUUGUUGAAAAAUCACAAGUCAAAUAUUGAAAAAAGUUUGGGGCUCGGCGAUUGGGACAAAGUGAAAAAGGAAGAAAUCAAUGCAACACGUGUUAUAAAACAAUUGAAAAAUCUAAUGCUCGAAAUGGACAUACUACGCGGGAGUGUUCGAGAAAUAGACCUGGAUAAAUUCGAUGAACUGACAAUGCCCGGACGACAAAAAGCCAAAGACGCCAUUCAAGAAUAUCUUGAUUUACAAUUAAAAAAGUCGAUACCAAAACCAAUUGGUCAAAAUACCAAUUACAAUUAUUCGGAUGACAACAAUGACAACAAUCGUGAAUUGGAGCUUGAACAUUUACCACAAAUUCAAACCGAAUUUCAAUUGAAUGAACAUCAAUUACGUUCGCGUGAAGCAUGUCUAACCGAAUUUGAGAAUUUACAACGGGAAAUUGAGGAUAUUCAAGAAUUAUUUGUUAAAUUGAAUGGUAGUGUGGUCGAACAAAAAGCAGAUGUUCAAAUUGUUGAAGAUAAUGUUGUCGAAGCACAAGUGCAUGUUGAAGAGGCGGAAAAAUCACUGCGACAAGCGUUAACAUACAAAAAAGCAAUGUAUCCAUUGUGCGGUGCAAUUCUUGGCUUUUGUGUGGCCGGUCCAGUUGGUAUGGUUGCGUUUGGUUUGAAAGCUGGAGGUUUGGCGGCCGUUGGUUGUGGUGUUUUGGGUGCAACUGGUGGCACCGUACUCAAAAAUAAACAAGAACCGGAACUUAAUUUAAACAUUGAACCAACCGAACAUGAAACCACAAUCGAUUGAUAUCCGUUGAGAUGCACAAUCAAUUAAAUAUUGUCUCCUAAUCAAAUUAGACUUAUUUCGAAGAAAUCUAUCGUUCCCGACCAAAACAUUCAUUUUUGUACAAAGCCACUAUACUAUCAUCAUUUACCAAACACAAUGCUGGCAACCUAAGCAUAACUCAACGCAAUCAAUCGCAAUUUUUUUUUUUUUUUUUUAAAUAAAUACAUAGAAAUAGUAGAAGCACAUAAGCUUAAUUAUUAAAUCAGAAUUAUUUUUGUGAUUUUUUUCUAUGGCUUUGAAAAUAUCAAUGUUAAUUGGUUGAGUUAUCUUUGUGACGAAAGAAAAAUGGCAACAAAAACAAAUGAAUUAAAUAAAAAAAAUGAUAUAAUGUGAUUAUUGAAUAGAAAUCGUUGAUAAUCAACGAUUUAAGUUGGCUUCUAGAGAUAUUUU